AUGGACUAUCAUGCCUUAUUACAUUCGCAGAUUUACGAUUACUUCCUCUCAUCCGGGAUGUAUAGCUGUGGACAAGCACUUCUUAACUCCGACUAUAACCUGCGGCACCAAGUCAUGCAUGCUGCGGCCCAGCGAUGCACUAACGAGCCGCGAAAUGCCACACUCUCUCUGUUAGACUCGGGUUUUGGAAGCUCAUAUUCGUCACCAUACGAGGAACAAUGUCUCACAGAGCCAGUGGAUCUAUCGAAGGCAGAAACCGAGCCUGCGUUGUACCAGUGGUUCUGUACUUUUUGGGACGCCCUGAAUUCCACUCAAGCCCAUGCUACUAGUAUUCCGGUGCAGGACUCCUACUUGAGCUAUCCGCCAGAUUUGCCUCAACAUCUUCCCGAGUCUGAUUCAACGAUAAAUCCAGACUGCCUUGGCCUUCUGUCGAUUUUAUUGAGUCAUCACCUUCGGAAGUGGAGAGCUUCACAUUAA